UUUCUGAAUAGUGGUUUCUUUAAAUUAAACUUUGCAGAGAUAGGUUUUCAAAGGUCCAGAUUAAGAUUAUUUCCAUAAGAUUGAAAAGAAACAUUUUCGAGGAGAUCCUUAUUCUCAACCCCAUCCUAUUUUCCUCAGCCCUAAAUUCUGAAUGUGGAGAAACCUACCAGCACCUUCCUCAACUAUUAAUGUGAUGAAAGAACUUAAGAAAAUAGGUUGGCAGUUAAUGUUUUGAGACUUUGAGUUUGAGGGUCUGAGAGAGUUCCUUGAAACUUAUGAAUCCUUAAAACCAAUCGGAGAUGUAGUAAUUAAAGCCUUUGAUGAAAAGUAGGAGAUAGAGGACAAUUGGAAGUUCUUGAGACAGUUCAUGUAGAGCUGCAAAACAAAUCUGUGCCAGGUAGAAAAUGCCAGCCAGGUGACGGGCGAUGUGAUGGUUGAACAGGGAAGUGUGCAGAGCUAUAAAAGCAGAGACAUGUUGAUGGGUUUGAAAGAAUGGGGACAGUUUUUAGCUUGAACAAAAUCUAGGAGAAAAGUCCAUUUAGCUAAAGGAAACGACAACGGAAAAGAGGUAUGCCAAUAUUCUACAGCUUCAGGAUCAAAAAUAUGAAGAACUCUGUUUUGCAGGAUAGCUUAGCAGAGGAAAUUUAGUGCAGAAGGAUAAUAUCAUGGUUGCAUUCUGUGACUGAAAAUAAAGAGGCAUGUAAGUGCAAAUAUGAAAAGCUACUCAAUAUAGAGCAUGAAUAUGAGAAAGCCUUUGUAAUGUGAACAUAUGAGAGGGUUCAAUACUCAGAUGGCUUCCAGUCCUUCAUGUUAGAUUAAUUUUAUUCGACUCUUCAACACCAUUGACUUUUCACCAAUACAUAAAGUUUUUCCUGAAUGAAGGAGACAUAAAAAAAUACCUUGAAAUUUAAUCUGAACACCCUGUGUACCAAUAUUUAUAUUUACAAAGUUGCAGAGUCUGAUCUUGUGAUGUGUAAAAUGUUUGUCUCUUAAGGCCAUCAUAUAAACUUGUGUCUUAUAUGAAGUUUUUUCUUGCAGCUAACUCUCGUUUUUCCCUUUACCUUUCAAUAUAUUGCUAUCGAUAUUACACACAUAGUAUCAUCAUCAUCACAAUUUAACAUCUAUGUUACAUUUCUAUAGGAUUUGAGAGGGAAAGUAAUAGAAAAGAGUGAGAAAAUUAUAGGACUGAUUUGCAAUAAACACAUAAUUAAAAGAGGUAAGAUCAUAUGACUGAUAUCUGUACAAAGUCCUUCUCUUGAAAAAGUAACUUUAUCAUGAAUGAACAUAUUAAUACAGGAGAGAAACCAUAUCAUUGUGAUAUCUGUGAGAAAUCAUUUUCUUCUAGUAGUAGUUUAUCAAGACACGAACAUAUUCAUGCUGGAGAGAAACCAUAUCAUUGUGAUAUCUGUGCUAAAUCAUUCUCUCGAAGUAGUCAGGAUGUUGUUCACAAAUGUAUUCAUACAGGAGAGAGAUCAUAUCAUUGUGAUGUUUGUGGUAAAUCAUUCUCUCAAAGUUAUAACUUAACUCAACACAAACAUAUUCAUACAAGAGAGAAACCGUAUCAUUGUGAUAUCUGUGGUAAAUCAUAUUCUCGAAGUGGUGUCUUAACAAAACACAUACGUAUUCAUACAGGAGAGAAACCAUAUCAUUGUGAUAAAUCGUUCUCUGAAAAUUAUACCUUAACAAAUCACAUACGUUUUCAUACAGGAGAGAAACUAUUUCAGUAUGAUAUCUGUGGUAAAUCAUUCUCUAGUAGUAGUCAGUUAUCUAGACACGAAUAUAUUCAUACUGGAGAGAAACCGUAUCACUGUGAUAUCUGUGGUAAAUCAUUCUCUGAAAAUUAUACCUUAACAAAACACAAAGAUAUUCAUAAAGGUGAGAAGUCAUUUCAUUGGGGUAUCUGUGGUAAAUCAUUUUCUGGAAGUAGUGGCUUAACAAAAAACAUGCGUAUUCAUACAGGAGAGAAGCCAUAUCAUUGUGAUAUCUAUGGUAAGUCAUUCUAACACAGUCCUAACUUAACAGCACACAUGCGUAUUCAUACAGGAGAAAGGUCAUAUUAUUGUCAUAUCUGUGGUAAUUCAUUCUCUGAAAGUUCUGCCUUGAGAAACCACAACAGUAUUCAUACAGGAGUCAAGCCAUAUUAUUGUGAUAUCUGUGGUAAAUCAUUCUCUCAAAAUAGUGCCUUAACUGUACAUAUGCGUAUUCAUACAGGAUAGAAGCCAUAUCAUUGUAAUAACUGUGGUAAAUCAUUCUCUUGAAAUAGUGUCUUAAGAAGACACAAACGUACUCAUACAGGUGAGAAACCAUAUCAUUGUGAUAUCUGGUAAAUCAUUCACUGAAAAUGCUACCUUAACAAGACACAAGCAUAUUCAUACAGGGAAGAAAGGAAAAGGGUAGUUUCUCGUUUGCUAUAUUUGUUUAAUAUUCCUGUGUUUCAUGCAAUGGAAAUUAUGAUUAAAGUAUUUCCAAAAAUUUUA